GGUCUCGGCUGUUAAAUUGCGCUGUCGCUAUAUGGAAUUGCAUAUUCCCUCUCCGAUAGAAUUAAUAGAAAAAAGUAGCUAAACCGCUUAAUUCUGAACACCAGAAUUAGCUUCGGUGUGUUCGUUCCUGGUCGAAAUAAAUGGUUUGUGUUUUUCCCAAAGAAAAACGUCAUAGGUGAAAAAUCAUGCCUUUCGGUAACACCCUCAACAAGCUGAAGAUGAACUACUCCGCGGAGCAGGAGUACCCCGACCUGAGCCAGCAUAACAACCACAUGGCCAAGGUGCUCACUCCAGAGAUGUACGCCAACUUGCGGGACAAGGAAACUCCAACUGGAUUUACAGUGGAUGAUGUCAUUCAAACUGGGGUGGAUAAUCCAGAGGAAGUGGGUGUGCUUGGACCCAACCUGGUGGCAGCAAUGGUUAAUCUAUCGCCUGCAAUGCAGGGCAGUCCCAAAACAGUACAGGGGAAGUUUAGGCAUAAACUGAAAAUACCAAAAAUACCAGGCUUUGUGCGACGUCAACGGAGCCCCAAUCCCAUAGAGGAGAGCAAUCCUCCUCAAACAGAUGUGGUUUUGGACUUUAUGGAGAACCUGAAGGAAAAUCGCUUGGUGGAGGCUUGCCAGCAGUUGCUCUUGCGAGAGGACAAGCUCUUUGGCCAAGAAACCGUGAUGAUAGAGGGGUUGGUUCAGGUUUGCAACGAGGACGAUGAAGACACGCUCCAAAAAGACUAUGAAACCCUGCUGCUCCACUUAUGGAUGGCAGUUCACACCACCUUUAGUCCCAGACCCUCAGGAGAACACCUAGAGAUACUUCGGAGUGCGGUGGAAACCAUAACGCUGCUGGAAGAGAAGGACCAGCAAUGGGAAGGGCGGCCCGAGGGCAGCAGCGAGGCCCCCGUGUGGCGGCCACACCAGUGCCGGCACACCCACGACAACCUGCUUGAAAAAAUUGUGGAUACUCAAAUGAGGAAUGUGGCCGUGGAGGAGGACAAUAUUAGUGUUAGCAGUGUGGACAACCUGUCAACGUCCAUGAAAAGGGAGGUAUGUAGGAUGGGCAAGCGUCUGAAGGAGGACGUUCUCAGGGUGGCCAGGGACAUAAGGGACUGCUACCCCCCAGACUUUGACGUGUGCAACUUGUAUGUGAGACUUUACCAUCAGAAGUUCUCAGCAAGGUUAACAGAACUGGCCCGCUCUGGGCUCGAUGUGGAUGACUGUAACUACCUCCUCUGCUGGGUGAACAAUUACUAUCCAAAUGACAUCUUAAAACACAAAGACCUUGAGGGGCACAUCAACAUGGAGUCUUUGGGAACUCUUUUAUCUGAGAAGGAUCUCACAACAUUGGAGGAGCAGUAUCUACUACAAAAAGAGAGUAGAGUCAGGACCUGGUUCUCCAAUGCUCUCAGUAAGGAGGAGGAGGGUUGGCUCAGUGGAAAGAGUCCAGAACUCAUUGACGGAUACUGCUUCUGUCCUCUGGCCAUUGACAUCAUACAGGCUGUUGAUGGGGCCAUGAGAGAGGCCAGGACUAUUCUGGGCAGUAAGGCUAAAGCCCAGAGAAUCCUGCAUCAGCUGGACAGCUUCUUGAUAAGCUAUAAGGGCUCUCUUGAAGAAUUUGUGAAGAGAACAGGGGAGAACACUCAGACAGUCGUGAAAGCUAACCUGGUUAGCAUCGAACAAUUCAGAGACUUCAUAGUGGGAAGAGAGGAGUCCAUCCCAGAAGAGAUCAGGACAAGCUGUAUGUCCACAUUGGCAGACCUGAGAGACUGUGGCUAUGGAUACUUCACCAGCCCCAUACAUGAGGAGCUCAGGGUGCAGUACCAUAGGCUGUGGACACAGGCCUGGUUUACUGGGGGUCAUAUGGUACUGGAUGAAGUUCUGGGAACACUGGACAGACACAUGCAGCAAUUCACAGACCUCAAACCCAUUUGUAUGGAGGAGCUGCUGGGCCGGCUGCACAUGGAAAUGAUGGUGGAGUAUGUGAAGAGGAUGAUGAAGAGGAAGAUGAGACUGAAGGACAAGGAGCAGCAGGAGGCAGCAGCCAAAUUACUGGCUGAAGACAGCAGCAAACUGAGCACCUACUUUACUGAGGCGGGGUCCAAAAUAUGCUGGCUGAGUGAGGUCCUCCCUAAAAUGGCGGAGGUGGUCAGACUGCAGGACCCAGGAAGCAUCCAGCUGGAGAUCGUCACCCUGGCUAGGGACUUCCCAGACCUUAGUUGGAGACAUAUUUCGGCUCUGCUUUCCCUCAAAGCCAACCUAUCCACUGCUGAUGUCCACGGCAUCAAAGAGAGCCUGGUAGAGAACCGGCCCACGGUCACCACCUGCAAUACCAUCCCACCAUUCUUCUCCAAGGUCCCAGCGGGCAAAACUUGGACCAUGUGCAGACCGGCGUGCAUCUGUUAUGGGGGAAGGGGGUAUUCAAGCCAGGAUUAGACAUUGGGCAAUCCACCCAUUUUGUCGCUCCUCUCGAAUGGCUACAACGGUACUGUAUGCACAUUCACUUAGCAAGUCUACUCUUGUGUAGGUGAGUGUACAAGUGGAAGGGGAUAGAUGUCUAUGUGUGGGUGGGGACAUGUGCAUCCCACAAUUGUGAUUAAAUAAUAUCUGCCUGCCUAAAUGUUGAUUCUCUAUUAGCGGUUCCUUUGUCAAAGGUCGCUAUCUUUUUGGAGGAAGUUCUAUCAAUCUAAUGUGAAAGGAAUUAAGGCAUUAGAUAUAAAAUAUAUAUACAGUGCUUUCGGAAAGUAUUCAGAGCCCUUGACUUUUUCUACAUUUUGUUAAGUUACAUUACAUUUUUUCCUCAUCACACACAAUACCCUAUAAUGACAACUAUAACCCUAUAAUGACAACUAUAACCCUAUAAUAAAACGAAAACAGGUUCAGACAUUUUUGCAAAUGUAUUAAAAAUAAAAAACAGCUUAUUUACGUAAGUUUUCAGACCCUUUGCUAUGAGACUCAAAAUUGAGCUCAGGUGCAUCCUGUUUCCAUUGAUCAUCCUUGAGAUGUUUCUACAACUUGAUUGGAGUCCUCCUGUGGUAAAUCCAAUUGAUUGGACAUGAUUUGGAAAGGCACACACUUGUCUAUAUAAAGUUGCCACAGUUGACAGUGCAUGUCAGAGCAAAACCCAAGCCAUGAGGUCCAAGCAAUUGUUGGUAGAGAUCCGAGACAGGAUUGUGUCGAGGCACAGAUCUGGGGAAGGGUACCAAAAACAUUCUGCAGCAUUGAGGGUCCCCAACAACACAGUGGCCAUGAUUCUUAAAUGGAAGAAGUUUGGAACCACCAAGACUUUUCCUAGAGCUGCCCCCCGCCAAACUAGGCAAUCAGGGGAGAAGGGCCUUGGUCUGGGAGGUGACCAAGAACCCGAUGGUCACUCUGUCAGAGCUCUAGAGUUCCUCUGUGGUGAUGGGAGAACCUUCCAGACAGAAUUCAAUCCUCAGUAAAAGACACAUGACAGCCCGCUUGGAGUUUGUCAAAAGGCACCUAAAGACUCUCAGACCAUGAGAAACAAGAUUGAACUGAAGAACCAAAAAAGGACCUGAGGCUGUAAUCACUGCCAAAGGUGCUUCAAAAAAGUACUUAUGUAAAUGUGAUAUUUCCGUUUAGUUUUUUUAUACAUUUGCUAAAAUGUAUUAAAACCUGUUUUUCCUUUGUCAUUAUGUGGUAUUGUGUGUAGAUUGAUUGAGAGGGGAAAAAAAACAAUUGAAUCCAUUUUAGAAAUUGGCUGGAAGGUAACAACAUGUGGAAGGAUUUUACGAAUGUAGUACAACUGUUGGUGAAAGGGUUAGAACUGCGUUCUGCUGCAAGUGACACUUUAUGCUCUUCAAGGGACAGGUCCCAACUUCGUAUGGGCCCUAGGAUCCAUGUGUACGGGGGUGGUCUUCUCGUGACAGGGAAAAUUUCCCUACCUGGGAUGGGGACGUUUUUUUCCGGGAGGGAAAAUGGAAGACAACAUAGAUGGAGCAGUAUGUGUAGCAGGGUAUCUAUCAUGGUACAUCUAUGUGGAUAAUGGACAGGCAUUGAUUAUGGUGGUACUGGUAAGUAUGGAUAAGUAUCUCAAAAUGGUGGUAAGGACAGUGGUAUCUCAAAAUGGUGGUAAGGACAGUGGUAUCUCAAAAUGGUGGUAAGGACUGUGGUAUCUCAAAAUGGUGGUAAGGACUGUGGUAUCUCAAAAUAUAACCUACAGUUGAAGUUUAUGUACACCUUAGCCAAAUACAUUUUAAACUCCGUUUUUCACAAUUCCUGACAUUUAAUCCUAGUAAAAAAAAAUCCCUGUCUUAGGUCUGAUAGUAAUCACCACUUUAUUUUCAGAAUGUGAAAUGUCAGAAUAAUAGUAGAGAGGAUGAUUUAUUUCAGCUUCUAUUUCUUUCAUCACAUUCCCAGUGCAUCAGAAGUUUACAUACACUGAAUUAGUAUUUGGUAGCAUUGCCUUUAAAUUGUUUAACUUGGGUCAAACGUUUUGGGUAGCCUUCCACAAGCUUCCCACAAUAAGUUGGGUGAAUUUUGGCCCAUUCCUCCUGACAGAGCUGGUGUAACUGUCAGGUUUGUAGGCCUCCUUGCUUGCACACACUUUUUCAGUUCUUCCCACAUAUUUUCUAUAGGAUUGAGGUCAGGGCUUUCUGAUGGCCACUCCAAUACUUUGUUGUCCUUAAGCCAUUUUGCCACAACUUUGGAAGUAUGCUUGGGGUCAUUGUCCAUUUGGAAGACCCAUUUGCGACCAAGCUUUAACUUCCUGACUGAUGUCUUGAUGUUGCUUCAAUAUAUCUACAUAAUUUUCAUCCCUCAUGAUGCCAUCUAUUUUGUGAAGUGCACCAGUCCCUCCUACAGCAAAGCACCGCCACAACAUGAUGCUGCCACCCCCAUGCUUCACGGUUGGGAUGGUGUUCUACGGCUUGCAAGCCUCCCCCUUUUUCCUCCAAACAUAACGAUGGUCAUUAUGGCCAAACAGUUCUAUUUUUGUUUCAUCAGCCCAGAGGACAUUUCUCCAAAAAGUACGAUCUUUGUCCCCAUGUGCAGUUGCAAACCGUAGUCUGGCUUUUUUAUGGCGGUUUUGGAGCAGUGGCUUUUUCAAUGCUCAGCGGCCUUUCAGGUUAUGUCGAUAUAGGACUCGUUUUACUGUGGAUAUAGAUACUUUUGUACCUGUUUCCUCCAGCAUCUUCACAAGGUCCUUUGCUGUUGUUCUGGGAUUGAUUUGCACGUUUUGCACCAAAGUACAUUAACCUCUAGGAGACAACGCAACUCCUUCAUGAGCGUCUCCUUCCUGAGUGGUAUGAUGGCUGCGUGGUCCCAUGGUGUUUAUACUUGAGUACCAUUGUUUCUACAUACGAACGUGGAAUCUUCAGGCGUUUGGAAAUUGCUCCCAAGGAUGAACCAGACAUGUGGAGGUCUACAAUUCUUUUUCUGAGGUCUUUGUGGAUUUCUUUCAAUUUUCCCAUGAUGUCAGGCAAAGAGGCACUGAGUUUGAAGGUAGGCCUUGAAAUACAUCCACAGGUACACCUCAAAUGAUGUCAAUUAGCCUAAAGCCAUUACAUAUUUUUCUGGAAUUUUCUUCUUGCGUCGAGCAAUCCCGGAUCCGGGAUCCUAUUUAUAGCCUCAAGCUCAUUAGCAUAAUGCAACGUUAACUAUUCAUGAAAAUUGCAAAUGAAAUGAAAUAAAUAUAUUUGCUCUCAAGCUUAGACUUUUGUUAACAACACUGUCAUCUCAGAUUUUCAAAAUAUGCUUUUCAACCAUAGCUAAACAAGCAUUUGUGUAAGAGUAUUGAUAGCUAGCAUAGCUAUAAGCCUAGAAUUCAGCCAGCAACAUUUUCACAAAAACAAGAAAAUCAUUCAAAUAAAAUAAUUUACCUUUGAAGAACUUCAGAUGUUUUCAAUGAGACUCGGUUACAGAGGAAAUGUUCAGUUUAAAAAAUAUAUAUUAUUUGUGUAGGACAAAUCGCUCCGUUUUGUUCACGUUUGGCUAUGAAAAAAAACCUGUAUCCAGUUAUAGCCUCAAGCUCAUUAGCAUAACGUAACGUUAACUAUUUAUGAAAAUCGCAAAUGAAAUGAAAUGAAUGUGCUAGCUCUCAAGCUUAGCCUUUUCUUAACAACACUGUCAUCUCAGAUUUUCAAAAUAUGCUUUUGAACCAUAGCAAAACAAGCAUUUGUGUAAGAGUAUUGAUAGCUAGCGUACCAUUUAGCAUAGCAUUUAGCGGGCAACAUUUGCACAAAAACCAGAAAAGGAUUCAAAUAAAAUCAUUUACCUUUGAAGAACUUUGGAUGUUUUCAAUGAGGAGACUCUCAGUUCCAUAGCAAAUGUUCAGUUUUUCCUGAAAGAUUCUUUGUGUAGGAGAAAUCACUCCAUUUUGUACAUCACGUUUGGGUACCAAAAAAAAACGAAAAUUCAGUCAUCAAAACGGCGAACUGUUUUCCAAAUUAACUCCAUAAUAUCGACUGAAACACGGCAAACGCUGUUUAGAAUCAAUCCUCAAUGUGUUUUUCACAUAUCUCUUCAUUGAUAUCGUUCAUGGUAGUCUACUUUCUCCGGUGAAUCACUUGGAAAAAGGCAUGCAGUUGAAGGGAGGACACCGUGCGGACACCAAUUUCGAGGGAGGACACCGUGCGGACACCUGGCAAAUGUAGUCUCUUAUGGUCAAUCUUCCAGUGAUAUGCCUACAAAUAUGUCACAAUGCUGCAGACACCUUGGGGAAACGAUAGAUCGGGCAUUCCUUGCGCAUUCCUUGCGCAUUCACAGCCAUAUAAGGAGAAAAUCCUGCUCAUUUCCUGGUUGAAGUUUCAUCUUGGUUUCGCCUGUAGCAUCAGUUCUGGGGCACUCACAGACAAUAUCUUUGCAGUUUUGGAAACGUCAGUGUCGUCUUUCCAAAGCUGUCAAUUUUGUGACAAAAUAUUAAAACGGGCACGUUUUUUUUAUCCAAUAAUGAAAUAGUGCCCCCAUAGAUGUAACAGGUUAAAGGCACAGUCAACUUAGUGUAUGUAAACUUCUGACUCACUGGGAUUGUGAUACUGAAAUAAUCUCUGUAAGCAAUUGUUGGAAAAAUGACUAGUGUCGUUUUUAAAGUAGAUGUCCUAACUGACUUAUGAUCCUACUGAAAAACAAUCUAGAUAUUUAGGUGCAAUCUGUUAAAAUAGAUCCUCAAGGAAGCUGGAUUGCCUUGAAUAUACUACUUGAUGAUGAAUCGAUGUGGCGCAUCUAGGCCCUCAUUGUAAACAAGAACCUGUUCUUAACGGACUUUUCUAGUUAAAGGUUCAAUGAAAAUUAAUAAAAUAAAGUAUAUAAGGACGGUAUCAUGUUUAUGAAUGACAUUGUAAACAAGGACACUAAAAUGUUGUCACCCAAGCAAUUAAGAAAGGUGUAUGGAGAUGUAUGCUCAAUACAAAAAUAUAACCAACUCAAUCACAACUCUGCCACAAAUGGAAGAGGCAAUUACUCAAAAGAGAAAGGAAUUAAUUAGUUUGUCUGCAGCCAAUCCAAAACCAUGCAUAGCUUAAAAUAACUUGUAUAAAAGGUUGAGAGCUUUGAGAACUAUACCGCAUAAAAUUCAAGAUAAUUUCAACAGAUUUGAUGUCCCAAUAUCAUGGCAUCGGGAUUAUGAACUGAUAUGCAAAUCAACAAGACACAUCAUUCUGUUAUUUUCAGUUUGAACUAUUAUAUAAAAUUCUUGCCAAUAAAAAAGAAUCCUAAAUAUAUGGGGUGUUGAACAGUCAGCCCUGCAUGUGCAGACUGCAACAAAGAAACAGAAUCAAUAGAUCAUCUCCUUUGGUGCUCUCCUUCAGUGGCUUGGUUUUGGAAUCAUGUCCAGGAGUGGUUGGUGACUCAAUGUCAGUGUUCAGAUUAAUUAAACUGUACUCUACGCUGCUGAAUUAAACUUGACUGUUCUGUACUCUACUGUAUUAUACUAUACUGUAGCAUGCCAUACUGUAGUCUACUGUAUUCUACUGAAUAAAACUCUGCUGUCCUGAA